UAACUUACUUUUCGGCUUCGGACAGACUUGUUGACUCUCUACACGUCGCCGGCGGCUUUCUUUAAAUGGGGAAGCACGGGAAGAAGCAGAGUCACCGCCAUAACCGCCAAGGAAGAACAGCCUCAUACUAUCUUGAAAAACCAGAUGAAGAAAUACAACAGUACCCAUUAAGCCCACAAACUACUUCUGCUCAAGAACCCACUCUUUCUGAAUCUGAUAAAGAAUCCCAAGAAGAAGAAAUCCAGGAAAAAGAAACAAAUUUUGAUAAAAACCUAUCAAUCAACAAUGAUCUUCCGUCAAAAUUCUCUCUUUAUCAACAAUCCGUACAGUCUCCAAAAGGGGAUAUAAGUUACCUGCAGAAGUUUUUCUUGAUGUAUGUUGGCGGGAGGCUACCCCUCCACCUCCAGGAAGAUUUUUGCGGCACUGCACUAUUGAGGUAUAAUAUUGUAGUUGCAUUAUAUGUGUUGAUAUUUACCUUUCAGUAUACUUGGGAACAAGCUGAAUUUGACAUCAUUCAGAGGAAAACUAGGAUUAGCCUCCAUUUUAAUCUACAUAAACAGCAUAAAAAGAUUCGCCACGCAUUUAGCUACAGCUGGAGACUCUGGUCCUUGCCUGAAAUUAAGGAAUCCUUGGAAGAAGCUGGUUUUCGAUCUGUCCACUUUUGGAUUCGGAAUAUGCCAGAUAGUGAAGAAAUUAGAUGUAUGGACGGGUUUCCUGUUGGACGAGACUUGAAAUAUGAAGAAGUCACGAGUUUCCAACAACAGGAUUCAUGGAAUGCUUAUAUCGUUGGUGUUGCAUAGUCAUUCCUUAAUGGUAUCGACCUCCUGUUAUUUGAAGUCAUUAUCAGAUGCAGGAAGAUACGUGCAAAAAGCUUGGGUAGAUUGUUGGCAACAUGCCGUUGAUAUGCUUGAAAGGAAUGUCAUUUCUUGGUAGUACUCGAAAGUUACUAUGUACACAAGGAAAAUGCAACUAAGGAUGAUCCUUUGAGCAGUUGAAUGAGCAGAGACUGUAUAUUUUUUACUGAAAUUUUUCAGGAAGUCUUUCCGACUAUAAAUGAUUGCAUGACACAUUUAGACAUAUUUGGUAAGCAGUAUUAGAUAUGACUAUCAAUGCAACAUGAUUUUAGUUUCUUCUUU